AAAAGUGAAAACUACAUUCACUUCUCUCGUCCCAAAUUUUAGAGCGAGAAAGUGUAGAGAGAGAAGAGAGUAAACCUUAUUUCGCUGUUGUUUCUUCCCACUCGCCCCUUCUCUCUCUACAAAUUCUCAGAACUUUCAACUUUUCAUCUCCCUCAACUAACUUGAACCUAGAUUCUUUAAUUACACACUUAUUCACAUCUACACACACAAACGCUAGAUCUCCUGGUUUUGCUUAUCGAAUUUUAGGGCUUAUUUUCUACUAUUUAGAUUCCUCUGUGUUUGCACCUAAUUUUUUGAUCUGGAUUUGAAUUGAAUUUGUGUUUCUACGAGUCGAUUUCGCUUCGUGUUUGAAUUUUGAUUUGAGUUAGUGAUGGAGGCGAUUGAAGAGUUGGCUCAACUCUCCGAUUCGAUGCGGCAAGCUGCUGCCGUACUUGCUGAUGAGGAUGUUGAGGAGAAUUCUAGAUCGUCGAGGCGGCCUUCGACAUUUCUCAAUGUCGUGGCGCUUGGAAAUAUUGGUGCGGGUAAAUCAGCUGUUUUGAACAGUCUAAUCGGACAUCCUGCUUUGCCAACUGGUGAAGGUGGUGCUACUCGUGCACCAAUAGUCAUUGAUCUGAAAAGAGAUGCUUCUUUGAACAGCAAAUCGAUUGUUCUGCAAAUUGACAGUAAAUCGCAGCCGGUUUCUGCAAGUGCACUUCGACAUUCUUUACAGAGCAAAAUAUCAACUAAGAAUCAAGACGAGAUAUAUCUGAAACUUCGUACAAGUACAGCUCCUCCUUUGAAAUUAGUUGAUUUGCCUGGAGUAGAUAAAGGCAAUCUUGGUGAAUCAUUGACACAAUACGCUGAGCAUAGUGAUGCGAUUCUAUUAGUUAUCAUACCUGCUUCCCAGGCACCAGAUAUUUCCUCUGCCAAAGCGCUAAGAAUUGCCAAAGAAUUUGAUGGAGACGGUACAAGAACUAUUGGCGUAAUUAGUAAAAUAGAUCAAGCAGCAUCAGAACCAAAAGUUCUUGCAGCUGUUCAGGCUCUUCUGUUGAAUCAAGGGCCACGCAGUACAUCAGACAUACCUUGGGUUGCGCUCAUCGGGCAGUCUGUUUCUAUUGCAUCUGCACAGUCUGGAAGUGUUGGAUCUGAUAAUUCACUUGAAACUGCUUGGCGUGCUGAGAGUGAAAGCCUAAAGUCAAUUCUAACGGGUGCUCCUCAAAGUAAACUUGGUAGACUAGCGUUAGUGGAGACCCUUGCUCAACAGAUCCGUAAUCGCAUGAAUGUCAGACUUCCGAAUCUCCUCUCUGGGCUGCAGGGAAAGUCUGAAGUAGUAAAAGAUGAAUUAGUAAAGCUCGGUGAACAAAUGGUUAAUAGUUCUGAAGGCACAAAGGCCUUAGCUUUGGAGCUUUGCCGUGAAUUUGAAGAUAGAUUUCUUCAACAUAUUACUGGUGAGGGUAGUGGAUGGAAGGUAGUUGCUAGUUUUGAGGGGAACUUUCCUAACAGGAUUAAGCAGCUUCCUUUGGACAAACAUUUUGACAUGAACAAUGUCAAGAGGGUUGUUUUAGAAGCUGAUGGUUAUCAACCUUAUCUGAUAUCUCCUGAGAAAGGUUUGAGAUCUCUGAUUAAGGGUGUUCUGGAGAUGGCUAAAGAACCAUCACGCCUUUGUGUUGAUGAGGUCCAUCGGGUACUUGUUGAUAUAGUUUCGGCUUCUGCAAAUGCCACCCCAGGACUGGGAAGAUAUCCCCCUUUUAAGAGAGAGGUUGUGGCAAUUGCAACUACUGCUCUUGAAGGUUUUAAAAAUGAAGCAAAAAGCAUGGUAGUCGCGCUUGUUGAUAUGGAGCGUGCAUUUGUCCCGCCUCAACACUUUAUCCGUUUGGUGCAGAGGCGGAUGGAUAGACAGAGGCGGGAAGAUGAGCUAAAAAAUCGUGGUUCAAAAAAGGCAGUUGACGCAGAGCAGUCUACUACGUUGAAUAGGGCAACUAGUCCUCAAACAGGAGGCCAGCAGCAAAGUGGUGGAGCCUUGAAAACGUUGAAAGACAAGUUGAGUCGGACUGAAAAAGAAUCACAAGAGGCACCAGCACUGAAGACCGCAGGUCCGGAAGGGGAGAUAACUGCAGGAUUUCUGCUGAAGAAAAGCACAAAGACAGAUGGAUGGAGUAGAAAGUGGUUUGUUUUAAAUGAGAAGACUGGGAAGCUUGGAUACACCAAGAAACAGGAGGAGCGACACUUUCGUGGAGUCAUUACUCUGGAGGAUUGUGUUAUUGAAGAGGCCUCUGUUGAAGAAGAACCUCCUUCUAAAAGUUCCAAGGAUAAAAAAGCAAACGGUCCAGAUGCUGGAAAACCUAAUCUUGUUUUUAAGAUAUCUAAUAAGGUCGCAUAUAAGACUGUGUUAAAAGCUCAUAGUGCUGUUGUAUUAAAGGCUGAGAGCAUGGCAGACAAAGUUGAGUGGUUAAACAAGUUAAGAAAUGUAAUUGGCGGUAAAGGAGGACAAGUGAAGGGUGAUAAUGGGACUCCUAUGCGGCAAAGUCUCUCUGAUGGUUCUCUUGAAUCUAUGACUAGAAGACCUGCGGAUCCGGAAGAGGAACUUAGAUGGAUGGCUCAGGAAGUGCGAGGUUAUGUUGAAGCUGUACUGAACAGCCUUGCUGCGAAUGUCCCAAAAGCUGUUGUUCUCUGCCAAGUAGAGAAAUCCAAAGAAGACAUGCUCAACAAGUUGUACAGUUCUGUCAGCUCCCAAAGUACGGCAAGGAUUGAAGAGCUGCUCAUGGAGGACCAGAAUGUUAAGCAUAGAAGAGAGCGUUACCAGAAGCAAUCCUCCCUACUGUCAAAGCUAACAAGGCAGCUUAGUGUUCAUGAUAAUAGAGCAGCUGCAGUCUCCAGCUUGUCUAGUGAUGCAUCUGAAAUCAGCCCAAGUUCCAGUGGGCCUUCGACAGGUGAUGAUUGGAGAUCCGCUUUUGAUGCUGCUGCAAAUGGUCGAUCAGACUCGUUUGGCAGUUCUUCAAGGUUUGGCUCCAGGGGUCACAGUCGUCGAAACAGUGAUCCCACAGAAAAUGGUGAUGCAGAUUCAGGUUCAAAUCCUGGUGGCCGCCGCACCCCUAAUCGAAUGCCACCUGCACCUCCCCCGUCUGGUUCUGGGUAUAGAUUUUAAAUUCACUGCACAACCACGAGAAGAGCCAGGUGUUCAUGCAUUCUUUUGUGGGUGUUUGAUCCUGCUCUUUGUAGUGAGUUUCUUUUGGCCCAAAGACGGUAUUGUAGGUUCUCUAUACUUUCCUCAGCUUGUUUUGUAGAUAGAAAUAGUGAGAUGAUUUUAUUUUCAAUUUCUUUAUACUUUCGGCUUGCAGUUGUUGGACUGGAAGUGUAUUUUGAUUUCCAAAUAUAAUUUUUUCUUCCUGGGGCCUUACGCUUUACCAUCAUUUACAAUAUUUUAAAACCAAUAUGGGUGUAUUUGUAGGAAACAAUAUUGAAAUUUAUAUUAUUUUGUUAUUGUUA